UAAUGUCAGCUUGUGAAAUUUUUAUUUUUCGUGAUAAUUUGUUGUGUAUCAUGUAACAUGUUAAAAAUAUUAAUAUCCACGGAGAAAUAUACAAAUUAAAUGGCCUUAGAAUAAUGAAAAUAAUUAAACAGAUAUUGUAAGUUUUAAUUUCUAAUAAUGGGUAUGAUUUCGCGUGUUCGAGGUCGCAUAAGGAGUGACUCUUUCUCGAAGAUUCACACGAUGAAAUCAGAAGAUAAGAUCGCUAAUAUCGUGUGGUUGCUGUCCGUGGUGCUUCUACUGCCGUAUUGGGCGCCGCGAGGUCUUUUCGUGGCGUUGGGCGGCGCAUGGCUAAUGGCCGCGUAUACCUGUCUAGUGGUGCCUGUUCUUAUAUCCGCAAACUACCGAUAUCCAGCGCGAUGGUACCCCGCUGUGGCUAAGCUAGCACAAGAGGUCGCACGUAGACUGCGUGCGCCAGGGGCUUGUUUGCUCAGCGUGCUACGAACUGCAUACGCGCCGCUAGAGCGUGCUGAGCGACUGUUCCUUCAAAUGAACAACUUAUCCACCAUGAUAUGCCAGUUGCUGGUGUUCACUGCAUGCGACAAGCUGUUCGUAUCCCAGGGCCGGCUUACAUGCCUAUACUCUCUCAUGUUCUACAACGUCAUCACGUAUUCCGUCAGCUACGUGCGCGAGAUCUGCACCAAGGAGGACUGGUCGCCCUAUGUCAACGUCACCCGCCACUCCCGCGUCAAGCACCUCGCCAUGUCCGCCACAAAGAUCGUCCUCGAGUGGACCAAAGCUGUUACAUUCAUAGUCACAAUCACAUUUAUCCUUCUAACUUUAGGUCUGGAGCAAGGAUUAGAACACUUCCGACCCACAGCUCUGUACACGGCCAUCACUGGCACUUAUUAUUUAUUGACCGAGAGAACCUUCCUAGAAUUGUGGCCUCUCGCAUUGUCCGCAAUGAAGCUGGAGAGAUUGGAGGGUAUGGAGGUGCUAUUUUGUGGAGUUUGGGCUAGAGGCGUGACGACAGCUCUGGCUUUGCCCUUGGUGCCGGCACUAGCGUGGUGCGAGCGAUGGCGAUUAUCCGUUCUCGUUCUAUAUGUGUGCGUGUUCAUGCAUGGUCGACAUAGAUUAGGAGAGGCUUUGGUAAAAAUGAAUGAGGCGUGUGAUUCGUUGGCGAAAUUCCGAAGAGCGACGCCUGAAGAACUGUUGACCCUGGAGGACGUAUGCGCAGUUUGCUUAGCUAGCAUGAAAUCUGCGCGGGUGACGCCGUGUGCGCACUACUUUCACGCUGACUGCCUCCGCAGGUGCCUCGCUACAUCCGACAGAUGCCCCAUUUGUGUGAGGCCGUACGUCUUCUGUUGAUCACCUCGGGAAACUGUUGAGAAGAAGACUGUCUUUUUAAAGUUUGAAGUCACUGUUGAACUGAUAUUUUCCAAAAUGCCACGAACGAAUAUUGAAUGUAACAAUAUUAAUUGUUGUGAUUUAGGUUAAGAUACAUUUUAUGCUGCUUAUUUACAACGGUUAUUGAUUAUUUAUAGAAGUGUCUAUGUAACGACUUAGCUACUAAUAUUGGACAAGUGUGAUUCGUAAAUUAUAGUAAUAACUUUAGAAACACAGCAACUUAUAGAGCAGUAUUAAUUUUAUUAUUGAAUUUAUUUGAUAUUUAUGUAUGAAA